AUGUUAAGCAAUUAUGAGAUCGAUAGUAAGGAGUCAGCAAAGCAUAUAGCUAGCUAUAUCGAAGACGGAACAUUCUUUCAAAUCUUCGACUCAAUAAAAAUUACAGCUGAUAUUUUGAAAUAUUCGAAGCUCGGGCUGAGAGAAGUUGAUUUACUCUUCAAAUCUGGAAGGGAACAAUACAACAGUAACGAUUUAUUCAGGUGUUUUCAUAAAGCUCGAGUCCAUGUUAAUAAUUACGAAGAAUUGAAGUAUAUAUUCACUCUUUUUGAAGAGAAACUUGAUUUCAGAUCAAUGAGAGAAAUUAGCCACCAAUUCGAUAAAAUUAUGCAAGAAAAUCAAAAAUUAACAGAACAAUACAAUGACCUUUACAACAAAGCACGCGAAUACUCAAAGAAAUGUGAUGAACUUCAACAAAAACUUUCACAGCAGCAAGAAUACAGUAAGAUAAUUAGUGAAUUAAAAUCACAAAUUUCUUCAAAAGAAUCCGAGAUACAAAAAUUACAAAAACAACUUAAGUCUAAAGAUAACGAUAUUUUUACCUUGAAAGAACAGUUAUCUUCCAAAGAUUCAGAUUUUCAGUCUUUGAAAUCUCAACUUUCUUCUUCAGAAAAAACGGUAAAAUCACUGAAGCAACAAAUAUCAGCAAACGAAAGCACAAUAAGCCAACUCCGCGAAAAAGAUGAAGAAUCAGAAUCAUUAAACUCCCUCCAGAAAUGCAGCAAAGCAGAUGGAGUUGAAAAUGUUCACAGAAUUUACACAAUUCUCUCAUUCGCAGCUCAAGAAGGCUACAUGGAAACGAUCAAACAUGCAGUGAGAUAUGGAUACAUUAAUGUCAAAUGCGACAUUGAACAGAAUAAUUACAGACUCUUGGGAAUGAAUGGACUUAUAUAUGCUGCAUACAAGGGAGAUCUUCCUCUUGUCAAAGCAUUCAACAAGUGCGAUGUUGACAUGAAAUUCAGAACAAAAGAAGGAGAAAGUAUCAUUCAUGCAUUCAGCAUUUCAGGCAAUCUUGAAGGCCUCAAAUAUGCUGAGAAUUUCUUAAGCAUCAAUGACGUUAAUGAGGCUGAUGAAACAGCGUUACAUUGUGGUGUUUUCUUCCUCAGAUUAGCAGUUAUUCAGUACCUUGCUAAUAAUUCUAAUGUUGAGAAGAAUAUUGUUUCAGACUCUGGAACACCAAUCAAGUGCGCAAUCAAUAGGAGUAGGAUCUAUCUUAAUUUGGCAUCUUAUUUAGAUGAUCACGGUUGCGAAUUAACUGACAAAGAAAAAGACGAACUCAGAAGUAAUAAUAAAUCAUCUUCAUCCAGUUCAGAUUCCGAUUCUGAAGAUUCUACUGACAGAGCUAUUGAUGUUUUAGGAAAAUUACUUAUUCUUAAUGCGUUACUUAACUAA